AUGGCACCUACAGUUACUUCAAUGGAGGCAUCUAAUGGCCAUGAAGUACCCAAAGUAGCAAGCAUCAAAACACUAGCUGACUCAGCUUCCUUCACUUUUGUACCUUCUGAGUACACCUAUACCAAAAAUCCUAAUGAACAAGGCGAUGCAAACGACCCAGAGCAUUCAAUCCCCAUCAUUGAUUUUGCCCUUCUCACGUCGGGAUCUCCUGAUCAACGAGCAAAAGUGAUCCAGGAGCUGCGCAGAGCUUGCGAGGAAUGGGGCUUCUUCCAGGUGACCAACCACGGUGUACCAGAGAAUCUGAUGCAAUCAAUGAUCGACACGUGUCAUAGAUUCUUUGAUCUGCCGGAGGAGGAGAAGAAGGAGUUCCAAACAAGGAACCUGUUGGAUCCAAUCAAGUGCGGCACCAGCUUCAACGUCGACAUUGAAAAAGUUCAUCUCUGGAGGGAUUUCCUCAAGGUCAUAGCCCACCCUGAGUUCAACUCACUCUACAAACCUGCUGGAUACAGCGAGGUUUCACUGGAGUUCAGCAAACGAACCCGAGAAGUAGCCACAGAAAUAUUGAAGGGAAUAUCAGAGAGCUUAGGGUUGGAGGCUGACUACAUUGCAAAGGCCAUGAACUGGGACCGUGGCUUACAAAUUCUGGCAGCGAAUUACUACCCGGCGUGCCCACAGCCCGAUAAAGCGAUCGGCAUUCCUCCUCAUACUGAUCACGGACUGGUGACCCUUCUCAUCCAAAAUGAGAUGGGUGGCCUUGAAGUCAAGCACAAAGACCAAUGGGUGUUGGUGAAUGCUGCUCCGGGAACUUUUAUUGUUAACAUUGGUGACCAAAUGCAGAUUUUGACAAACGACAAGUACAAGAGCAUAUGGCAUAGGGCUGUUGUGAACAACAAAGCUACAAGGAUAUCAAUAGCUGUGCCCCAUGGACCCUCACUGGACACACCAGCUUUACCAAUCCCAGAGUUGUUAGAGAGAGAAGGCCAAACCCCAAAAUACAUUGGGAUGACAUAUGAGAAAUUCAUGGAGCUUCAAGCAAGCCCUGCUGCCCUCACGAAACCUUGCUUAGAUCACCUGCGGGUCAAGCAUAACUAA